AUGGCAACUACGGUAUUGGGAAAGCGGCAGCGUACUGCUAUUGAUGUCGAGGACUCUCUGCCUCUUCGUUCUGGCAGCAAGCGCCGAGCACGUUUACCUCGCAUCCACGAAGAAGAUAGCAACACACAAACUUCUCUUCGCCUCAGAUCUAGGGUUAUUGGCAGUUGUGAACCGCAAUACGCAAACCAGAUUACCACCAAAGUUUCAACCAGCGGUAAUAGUCGUUCGAAACGUAUUGUUCAGAACAACGAAACCUUGUCACCAUCAAAAAGCGACACGCACCUUAAGCCCACGAAACCACUGGACACCGAAAAUGUUGUGGUCUCCGAGUUUCGUACUCCUCAGUCGAAGCGCUUUCGCGAUGCGCUUGUCAACUCUCCUCCAGUCACUCCCAAGCAUCGCGUUCAGGUCGUAGGAAAAUCUAUGACCCCUCGCACACCACGUCAUGUUGGAUCUCCAGCAGGCACUACCACUGUCUACACACCGGCCCGAAAGUUGUUUGCACGAAGCGCAAAUCCUGAGCGUUUGAUCGGAAGGGAAAAAGAGCGCGCUAAGCUCUCAAAAUUUAUCGAAAAUGGCAUGCAGUCACGAACAGGAGGCUGUAUAUAUGUUAGUGGACCUCCUGGAACCGGCAAAAGUGCAACGAUCGAUGAAGUAUGCCGUGAUUUGAACGUGCAUACUGUUGUCAAAGCUGCGCAUGUCAACUGUGUCAGUAUGCGAUCUGCACGGGAUGUAUAUGGAAAACUUCUUGAGUCUUUAUGCGAUGAAUACGAUGUAUUUUCGAUGAGCGAGACGGAGAAACUCAAGAGCAUGUUCGUGCCUACCAAGAAGUCGGAAGACUUGUAUUUGGUGACAUUGGAUGAGAUUGACCAUCUUCUUACGGCGGAUCCGGAGAUUCUCUAUUCUCUCUUCGAGUGGUCUCUAAACAGCAAAUCGAAGUUGCUUUUGAUCGGUAUUGCCAACGCUCUAGAUCUUACGGAUCGAUUCCUACCUCGUCUCAAGGCAAACAACCUAAAGCCUAUCCUACUACCAUUCUUGCCCUAUACCGCAGCUCAGAUCGCCAACGUUAUUACUACCCGCUUGCGAUCACUCGUACCCGCGACGGAGGCCAAAGCGAGCGGUGAUUUCAUUCCUUUCGUCCAGCCCGCAGCUAUACAGCUGUGUGCAAAGAAGGUUGCCUCUCAGACAGGCGAUCUCCGCAAGGCAUUUGAUCUGGUGAAACGGGCCAUUGAUGUCAUCGAGCAAGAGACUCAGACCAAGCUGGAGAAAGAGAAUGCCAUUCCUGAAAGCCCAUCGAAGCAUGCUCUUGCAGAAAAUGUCAACUUGUCCUCACCGCCGAAGACACCUGCUUCCAAACGCACUUUGGCCAACGCAUAUACUGCUCUUACAGCACCAAGGGCAUCCAUCGCCCAUGUCGCCCGUAUAACUGCUGCAGUAUUUGGUCAAGGCACCACACAGCGCCUUCAGGGACUCAAUUUACAACAAAAGGCAGCCUUGUGCGCUCUGGUGGCGCUCGACCGAAAGCGACGCAGUGUGGAGAUGUAUGCUACACCGUCCAAGUCCAGAGUGAAUGCACCCACUGUUAGAGAACUAUUUGAUACCUAUUGUUCAUUAUGCAGGACGGACAACGUCCUCCAUCCUCUUACUGCGACUGAAUUCAAAGACGUUGUGGGUAGCCUCGAGACAUUGGGUCUGGUUGGAGAAUUCCAAGGUCGUGGUCGCGGUGGUACUAUUGCCGGUGGAUCAGGGAUCAUACGUACGCCAUCUAAGGGUGGAAGCAGUUCUUCUAUUCCUUCCAAAGGAAGCGAUGAAAAGGGCUUGGCUUGUUUUGUGACUGAAAAGGAGAUUUUGAACCAGAUUUCUGGACCGGGUGAGGGUAUUCUUAAGGCUUUACUUGCUGGUGAUUGUCUUUAG